AUGAACUCUCUUAUUAUGAAGCUAUGUGCUCUCCUCAUAUUCAUAGCGAUUCCAACUUCGGCAUGGGGGCAAUGGAGAGUUAAUCAGCGCUCUCAUACUCUCUCAAUUCUUCCAAAGAAUUCCACUGUCAGACUAUGCAGAGAUUUCACUAGUAGAAAAAGGUUUAGAAGCUUAUUGAGUCCAUUGCUCGUAGAGCGCGUUGUGGACACACCCCAACAUCGUCAAGUUGGAGAGUAUAUCAGCAAGUUUUACAAGGAUUUGGGAUGGAAUAUCGAGUUGGACGAAUUCCAAGAUAAUACCCCUCAUGGAGUGAAAAACUUCCGAAACAUUAUAGCUACUUACGACACCGCUGCUCCAAGGCGAUUAGUGUUAGCAUGUCACUACGAUUCAAAGAUCUUGCAUGGACAAGUGAUGAUUGCUGCUACAGACUCUGCUGUACCAUGUGCUAUGAUGAUGGACAUUGCGCAAACGUUGACUCCAUAUAUGUACAAACGAGUAUCGCAGAACGUUGGUCUCCAAAUGAUUUUCUUUGAUGGAGAAGAGGCUUUUGAAGAAUGGACAUCUACCGACUCAUUGUAUGGCUCAAGACAUUUAGCAGCUAAAUGGGAAUCUAAAUGGUAUCCAUCAACCAGUGGCUCUAAUUUCGAAUUAAGCAAGGAAAUUGAUAGAAUAGACGCUUUCAUGCUUCUUGACUUAUUGGGUGCUAAGAAUCCAGUAAUCUCGAAUGGUGUGGGGUUAGGAGCAACUGACUUAUUCCGCCAAUUAUCUACAAUAGAACUGGAACUGAAACAGAUGAGAUGUUUGGGCAGUGUCAGAAAUGUAUUCAAUCCGAACUUGUCCGGAAAUGUAGUAGAAGACGAUCAUGUACCUUUCAUGAAAAGAGGAGUUCCUAUUCUCCAUCUCAUCACGGUUCCUUUCCCGCAAGUAUGGCAUACAGCUCGUGAUAACGGAGAUAUUUUAGAUUAUCCAACAAUAGACCAUUUGACAGCGAUUAUAAGAGUUUUUGUAGCUAAAUACUUGGGAAUAGCUCCUCUGUGA